UCCGUAGAUCGAAACCCUAACGCGGAGAGAGAGCGGCGGCGGUGAGUGUAGCAAACUCAGCAGUCAACACCCCUAUCCCCACCACCACAAGAACUGCGAUGGAUGGCGGCGGCGGCGGCGGCGAGUAUGGCAAUCUCAACGACCCCAUCCCUUCCCCCACAAGAUCUGCGAAUGCGGAUGGCGGCGGGGAAGACGUCGUGGAGGGGAGCCCCCCGCCGUUCAAAAUCCGCAAGCUGGGCGCUCCGGGUACGAGUUCAAUUCUCGCUGAGGAUCCGAGUGACGGCAAGAUCGGCGAGCAGAUGGAUUCGAUGCCUGCCAGAGGCGGGCAUGUGGAUACAGAGAUGUCCGAAUUCAAGUGUGGCGAGGUUGCAGAUGAAGAUCUUCGCAAGGACAAGAUGAACGGAGGCAAAUCAAGUCAGCAGAUCAAGAAUCCAGGGGAGGUCGAGAUGGACCUAGGCAAACCAAAUUCCAUCAUCUCUGAGCAGGAGAUCAAGGAGCUCUGUGCGCAGAUGGACGAGAUGGUCGCUUUUAUGAAUUACAGGAUCGUACCUUCAGCCCCACUCAUCUGCAGCAGCAGCAGCAGAAGCAGCAAGGAGACGAAAGAUGAACAUGACAAGGCACCACAGUCGGGGAUUGACGGCAUCUUACAGCGGCUAGCUGAUGUGCGCCGUGACAUGUCCAAGCUCAAAUUGGAACUGACCCCUUUCCGGCACAAGUAUCCUUAUGAGAAGGUGCUGACUUCUUCAGAGGAGAGGGAGAAGAGGCUCAAGUCCAGGCAGGAGUAUGAGAAGAUGGAUAAUAAGGAGAAGGCCAGGAGGCAGAUGGAGUUCGACGCGAGUGACUUCGAGGGCUACUGUCAAGGCUUGACAUCUUUUGUUGAACACUUUGAAUUCAUAACCCUAGUGAGCCCCAUGCACUUUACACACUACACGCCCAGACAGAUCCCACACCAUCUUGCUACCUACGGGACCACCUUGCAGAUCUUGUCUUUUAAAAUUGCCAACAUCGAUUUGGACCUCAAAUGGCCACUCCUGGAAUGGCCACUCCAAGUGUAUGGUGUCGUCGCCGCACGAGACAAUGUGGAUCGUAGACGCAAUAUUCUCUUCUUGAGGGGAAGGGGGAACUUCCAAGAGAUCACCCAAGAAAAACCCUUCUUGUGCUUGACUGGCCCAUCUCGUGCAAUUUUGGCCAAGGACCAUGUUGACCUCGAAGUCCAACUAAAACUUAAAGGCCCAACAGAGUCUGAAGACAGAGUGUUGAUCACUAAAAGAUGCCAGUACAGUGGCUAUCAUACCGAUAACGGUUUAUAUACUCUUACCUUGAAUAACCGUCUUUGCACAACAGAGUUAAGCCUGCAGCAACUGUACUGUCAAUCGGUCCAAGCAACUUUCUUGCGUGUCGGUGGCUUUGUUAAAGGCAAUACAUCCCCUUUCAUUCAUGGAGGCCGAGUUGCCUGCUCCUCACCACCUCAUGGAGGCCAAGAAACUGCCCCGCCCACCCAAGUUGUGUUGCUUGAUUCUCGUUAUUGUGAUGGUGGGAAGAUGCCAAUAGGCGAAGAAGAUGGUUACCUUGAUCUGUCAAGGCAUGUUGUUUCUGUUGAAUUAAGGAGAGUUAGAGACGUUUCUGAAGAAUUGGAAGAAACCUUGAAUGUUUUCAUAGAAGCCUACUCAGACUCUCCUCCAGACUCUCCUCCUAAAGUUUCUGCGAAAGCUGAUUUCAUGGUCAAGCCUCAGUAUUGCGGCAUAAGUGAACAUGAAUGUGUCCUUGCCGGCUCUACGGUGAAGAUUACCAUUGCUUGGUCACCUAUUCUUCGAACCAACAAGGUUAUUCUAUGAGAGGGAUAUAUGUUUGACAGUGCUCGGGCGUGAAUGUUAUGAAGUAUACCUGUUAUAUCUAUCUAUUUCUCUGGUUUGCAAGUAGUAUUUUGUCUGUUCAAGUAUUUGAUCAGCUAUGUAAGAUGUUGACCUAUUGUUGUAUCGAUCUGCUAUGUAAGAUUUCGACCAUGUGCGUAUCGACUCUGUUUUACAAGUCA